GAAAGUUACUAAACUUUGAGGUUGACAGUUGACAUGUUUUGAACAAAAAUACAUUUGUUGCAAUGAUGCAGUGAUACUUAACAGUUUAAUUUCUAACAUUAAUUAUCUCUUAAUUUUUAUUAUUUGGGACAAUGGCUUCGGUUACUGAAGGCGACAUCGAACUACUCAAAAACGAAAUUGAACGACUUUCAAGAGAACUCGACCAAGCUAGCAGCGAAAAAAUACAGUCUGCUCAGUACGGCCUUGUGCUUUUGGAAGAAAAGACCGAAUUGCAAAGACGCUGCGAGGAUCUGGAAAUCGCCUACGAAAACACUAAGCAUGAACUAAAAGUCACACAAGAAGCCUUGGCAAAGUUCCAAUCUAGUCAUAAAGUAACAACUAAAACUGGAAUAGAAACGGAAGAAUCCCUGCUAUCUGAAUCCGCCGCGCGCGAAACAUCGCUCAAUUCCCAAAUAAUCGAAUUGGAAAACGAAAUAAAGCAGCUGCGUCAUGAGUUGGACCGCGUCACCACCGAGCGAGACCGCAUGCUGCAGGAGAACACCGAUAUGGGCAAAGACAAGGAAGAUCGAAGCAUGGAGUGCAAGAAAUUACGAACGGAACUCCGCGAAAUCAAAUUUCGAGAAAAUCGUUUGAUCAACGACUACGCCGAGCUAGAAGAAGAGAACAUAGCCUUACAAAAACAAGUCUCAGCUUUAAAAAGCUCGCAAGUGGAGUUUGAAAGUCUAAAACACGAGAUCCGGCGACUGCACGAAGAAAUGGAACUGUUGAACCUCCAGGUGGAAGAGCUGACAAACUUGAAGAAAAUCGCCGAGAAACACAUGGAGGAGGCCUUGGAGUCGCUGCAAGCCGAACGUGAGGCCAAAUACGCGCUGAAGAAGGAACUGGACCAACAUAUUAACCGAGACACGUUCUACAAUAUCAAUAAUCUGGCGUACAGUAUUCGGGGAAUGAGCGAUGAGCCGACUUUGGGGAGUGACGGUGAGGACGAUAUUCCCGGCUUGAAGCGGCUGGAGGCGACUUUGGGGAGUGGAAGUGCCUCAGAAUUGGCUUCGCCUGACGAUAAACAGGUCGAUUUGUUCUCCGAAGUCCACUUGAACGAACUGAGAAAGUUGGAAAAGCAGUUGGAACAACUGGAGAAGGAAAAACUAACUCUGACACAAAAUUUGCGCGAUAACCAGGCAAUGGUGGAGAAGAGUCAAGGCGAACUACAAGUUUUCAUUGCAAGACUGACACAACUGGCGGCUCAUGUCGAUUCUUUGCAGCAUUUGUCGCAGAAUGUUGACAAAAAUGUAUCCCAACCGGCACAAGAGGCUGGUAAAAUUCUAAAUCAGUACCAGCAGUGGUUCAAAAUGUCCUGUAAAGAGAUCGAACAGCUGAAGCAGGAUAUUCGUGAAUUGGAGAAGUUGACGAAUAUCUCAGACGCUACCCUACAGCUGCGCACCGAAAUCACGAAUUUGAAAAAUAAGUUGUCGGAUACGGAGCAGAGGAGUAUGGACUUGGAGGCCGAUUUGAAAUUGUUGAGAGAGUUUGCUAGUGAAGCUGGAACUUCAUUGGAUGAAACUCAGAAUAAUUUACAAACUGUUACUGAUGAGCUUGCUCAGUUGUACCAUCAUGUGUGUACUGUUAACGGGGAGACGCCCACGAGAGUGGUUUUGGAUCACGAGAAGGAAGGAAUGACGCCUAUGUCGGAAACUGCGCCACCAAUUGGCGAAAUGUCCAAAAUCGAAUUGUUGCGAAGCCGCCUCAAGAGCGACAUUCCCUUGCACGAUCUUGAAGUCUUAAAUGACGCGGCUGUUGUCGCUCGAAAUGUUUGCACCAUCGUGGACCAAAUCAAACAUCUCCGAAACGCCAUUGAAAAUACCAUCGAAUUAUCGAAAACAAAGAGGGAAAAAUCGAAUGGAUUAUAUGAAUCAAGCAAAGAUGAAAACAGCGAAGAAAUCGCCGAAUUACAAGAGCAAGUCAUAAGAUUGAAGAGUUUGCUGUCGACCAAACGCGAACAGAUUGCCACGUUACGAACCGUCCUAAAAUCAAACAAAAAUACUGCCGAAGUGGCACUGACGAACCUCAAAGCCAAGUACGAAAACGAGAAAACAAUUGUAUCCGAGACGAUGAUGAAGCUCCGAAACGAGUUGCGAAUGUUGAAGGAGGACGCAGCCACAUUUUCAAGUUUGCGUGCGAUGUUUGCCGCCCGUUGCGAAGAGUACGUGACGCAAGUCGACGAGCUCCAGCAGCAGUUGAGCGCAGCCGAAGAAGAGAAGAAGACUUUGAACCAGCUGUUGAGAUUAGCCGUUCAGCAAAAGCUGGGUCUGACUCAGCGGCUCGAAGAGCUGGAGGUGGACAGAGAAAUCAGAAACGCACGUAAGCCAAACAACCGCAAUUUUCAGCGCCCUGGACGGUCGAACAGAGACAUGUUCUAGCGCAGGUCGAAACCUGUGGUUUACGCGAUUGCAUUUAUCACCACAUUCUUUAAACUUUGAAAUUUCUAACACUACACUUUAAUCGGCUAUAACGUAACGAAUUGUGACAAUUCACAAAAAUUCAAGUAUUUUAUUGUUUAUUUAACGAAAUGUGAGGUAAACUGUGCAUUUAUGUGUUUGGUUUGGCGACUUUUUAUGCAUACUCAGACUAAUUUAUUCUACUUGUAUUGGCUAGUACUAAUUUUCGGUUUAGUAAAGUGGCCAAUUAGCUGCCAAAAGUUUCGUAAUUCAGAUUUAGUUAUAGAUUACGUUCAAGUAGCAUUUCUAAGGUAUAUCUCUUGAUUAAUAGUGGAAUAUUAUGACGGUAGAGUAGCCUAUACUUGGAUUUAAUUAUGAAAUGAUAUAUUUAUUGGUAGAUGUGACCCAUAUUUCGUGUGAUGUAUAGACUUUAACCAUGUUUUAGUUAUUAACAUAUUUAUUUAGUCUACUUAGUCCUACAAGGGAUUCAUGCAAUAUACGUUAGUUAGUCAUUCUUUGGUGGUGUGAACUAAAAUAAUAUUCGAUAAACCGCUAGUCUUCGAGACUGGUCACGGUGGCGCUACGCUCGAGGGCAUUUCGUCUCGAGAAAAAUUAAAAACUGCGUACAUUUAUUUUCUAACUGUGGUACUAAAAUCUAAUUGUUACGGUUUAUAAAAAAUAGUUAAAACUUGUUAAGACGUAGGCUAAGAAUAAUAUUGUGAAGUGACGGCGAAUUGCCGUCAUUCUAAUAGUAAAUAUGAUAUCACAAUUCGUCUUUUCCGUUGGUUCUGAGUCCAUAUGAUAAUCAUGAAAUGACGUUUGUUGAUUAUUUGUCCUGUUUCCGAGCCUAUGGACCACGGAAAUGCCCGUCCCUUACAAUAAUAUAAAAAUCCUUAAUGUUGAGAAUGAAAUGUGCAUGCUCUAACACUUAUAUUUUUGUUACUUGGUACACGUACCAACAGAAACUUAGAUCUUCUGUUUGUUUCGUUCGUCAGACAGCUAACCUGUUAUAUUCUUUUUGAUAUUUAUUGUUAUAAAUUAUUUUAACAUUGCUUAUAUGUGGUUAAUGUUACUUAAUUGUACCUAAUAUUUUUAAUAUAAUUAUUACUUUAUCACAA